AUGGCUGUGCAUGGGGCCGGUGCACAUAAGACUAAAACCAGGAAAACCCACUUGUCAACACCGCCUUCCAUGCCUGCUGAUAAAGCUGGAGAGUUAGAAGCUCUGAUCGUGGCACGUUGCAAGUUAGUCAGUCCCGGGCGCCGCUGGGCCGCUUCCUCCCCGCGGCGAUCGGCUCCGGGUCCCCCGGCUCGGCCCGGCGCGCCCCGAGCGCAGCCCCCGGAAGUGCGCGCCGGCGGCCCCGGCGAAGAAAAUCCCGAGCGAGCAGCUCUGUACUUUGUCUCCGGCGUGUGCAUUGGGCUGGUGCUCACCCUGGCUGCCUUGGUGAUGAGGAUCUCUUGCCACACGGACUGCCGGCAGCGUCCCCGGAAGAAGUUCCUGCAGGACCGAGAGAACAGCAGCGACAGCAGCGACAGCGAGGAUGGCAGCUCAGACACGGCGUCUGACAUCUCGGUCAGGAGGCACCGCCGCUUCGAAAGGACUUUGAACAAGAACGUGUUCACCUCGGCCGAGGAGCUGGAGCGCGCCCAGCGGCUGGAGGAGCGGGAGCGCAUCAUCAGGGAGAUCUGGAUGAACGGCCAACCCGAGGUUCCCGGGACCAGGAGCUUGAACCGCUACUACUAGCGGCGGGAGCCCAAGCCCGCGCGCCGCAGGAAGCCGUCGGCAAGGGCCAGGGGCUGCAGGGCGGGUGGGCACAGAGCUGAACGUAGUUCUGCUGCAGUCCUGGGGGCAGAGAUAAGAAGGCACGCCCAUUUUCUAGCCAGGAGGACUGAGCUUUCCUUUUCGACUAAAUGUAUGCAGAAGUAGAAAAACCAAGUCAGUUCAUCAAUCUUUGCAGGUCGUAGGAUGGUGCUGAAAAACCCUCUCCAGCAAUCUGGAUGGAGAAUAGAGAAACGGGACUGUGGUUUCUCUUGAUUUCUGAGGAUCUCAGAAGUUUCUGCAGACUUCAUUGCUAUGUGUUACUCCUUUACAAAAGGAAGAUUGUCAUGGCAUGAAGGCUAGAAGUAGCAGGGUGAACUCAACCCAGUUAAAUUCCAUUUUCUAAAUGACCCCAUGCUAUGGAGGUGACUCUCAUCCAGAUAGCAUGAUUUAUGAUUAUUAUUUAAGGCUGAUUUUUAAAAAUCUUGUGUUGCAAUGGCAACCUUGUCCAUUUUAACUGGCACCUCAGGGAUUAAAAUCCUAUUUUUUAGUAUAGUUCCCACCUCAUUCAUGAAAAUGGGUAGAAUUAAUGUAUUAUGGGAAAUGUGUCAGUGAGCUAGAAAAUAUCAAUAACCUCAAAGGAUGAAGGGUUUUAUUUUAAAUAGUUUAUAAAAUAUAUAUUAAUGUGUGUAUUUGAGGAUGGUGCAUAAGAAUAAAAGCUGUGUUUUCCCCCUUUUUGGAGAGAAGAAAUUUUGUUAUGACUCUAGAUAAUUAUGAUUUUAAACAUUUUGUUAAAAAAAAAAGUUUGGAUUUCCAAGAAAAGAAUGGGAAUAGGAGAUGAGGAAUAAAGCCAAAAUUAGGAUGAGAUUAAAAAAAAAAAUAAAUGCUACAUAAAAUCUU